GCUCUUUCCUCUCGCUGUGGCAUUCUUGGCUACUGGAGCAGAGAGAAAGUAACCUCAAAUUACUGCAGAAAGUGUUCGCUGUGAGUCCCAUCAGGAGUCGGAGCUGCCUCUAAAUCUGGAUUCAUGCUGAGGACAUGGGAGUCACCCAUGGGAAGAAGAAAGAGCACCAACAUUUUCCACAUACUAGGGAAGCACACCCUUCUCAGCCUGCCUCCAUGAUACAGACGCACCAAAAUGAACAGAUCAGAUUACCAGAGUUUCAGGCCCCUCCAUCUCAACUGCUGAGUGAGGAGGAAAGCAUUAAUUUAAUCAAACCUCACAAGCCUCUCAGUCCUCUAACUGCCUCCAGGAGUCACAAGGAGCUCCAAAAAGAACUGCAGAUGACCCACAAGAGGAGGGUGGCCCAGGAUGAAAAGACUGAACUCCAGAGAGUUUUGGAGAAGAGGAAAUGGGAACAAAGGACGAAGGCAAGACGGGAUCAGGAGGAAGCAAAGAGGAAUGCAUCACCCCUUCAUCAAGAGCUGCUGAAAAGAAAAAAGAGGCUAGAAAAUCUGGAAAGAGAAGAGAAGGAGAAGCAAGAGGAGCCAGAAUUCCUACAGGUCAAAGAGCGACUGAGGAGGACCGCAGAGCCCGAUGAUGCAGAGAAAGAUGUGUGAACAUGAAGAUUUUUUAUUUCACAUCCUUAUGUGUUGACAGCACAGUAGAUUUUCAGAAUUAAAGUGACUUGAUAAGGAACUUGGUGAGGUGAACAGUAAAUAGAUCACACUGCUUCAUAUUCAUGAAUGAGGCAAUAUAUAUUUUUGGUCAAGUACAAAUACAUUGUCUUAAAAAAGUAUUUCUAUUACUAUAUUUAAUUCCAGAUCUUAUUAUAGUUUGAAUCCAAGCAUGUAUACAUGUAAAAGUAAUUUGUUUUUUCACCUUCUGUCUAUGUGUGUUGUUG